GGGAGGGGACAGCCAAGCACUGGAGCGCUGCAGACUUCACCGUGUAGAGAGCUGGGGACGGAGCCAUGUCCGAGCCGGAGCAGGGCCAGGAGCCGGGGCUGGGCACAGGGGCCAGGCCACAACAGCCAGCCCAGCAGGCCCGGCGCCCUGAUGAGGAGCUGGCAGAGCCCACCCAGGGGCAGGCAACGCGCCUCUGUGUGGUGGUCAGGGUGCGGCCGCUGAGCCGCGCAGAGCGCGGCAGAGGGGACCGGCAGGCGGUGCGCUGCCCCGGCGAUAACACCGUCUCGGUGCAUGAGGCAGGGCAGGAGGCUGCAUUUGGAUUCGGUGCAGUGUUCGACGCCAGUGCGGACCAGGCCACGGUGUUUGAGGGCAGCGGGGUGAAGCGGCUCGUCGAGCUGGCGGUGGAUGGGUUCUCCUGCACCGUCUUUGCCUUUGGGCAGACAGGCUCGGGGAAGACCUACACACUGACAGGGCCCCCGGCUCAGGGCGAGGGCCAGGUGGUGCCCAGCCUCCGGGGUCUGAUGCAGCGCUCCUUCGCCUGGCUCCUGGAGCAGAGCCAGUGCCGCAGGCCUGAUGUUGCCCUCAGUGCGUCCUACGUGGAGAUCUACAAUGAGCAGGUGAGGGACCUGCUGAGCCCAGGACCCCCCUGCCCUCUGCCCUUGCGCUGGAGCAAAGCAGGGGGCUUCUACAUUGAGGGGCUGCUCAGCACGGAGAUCGAGGGCCUGGAGACCAUCAUGGACCUGCUGCAGGAAGGCAUGCAGCGGCGGCAAAGCUCCGCACACGCACUGAACGGGCACUCGAGCCGCAGCCACGCACUGCUGACCGUGCAGCUGCAUGCCCGCGGUGAGGCGACAAGCCCAGGGACCAGCUCCUGCCUCGGCCGGUGGGGCGCGCUGCGCUUCGUGGACCUGGCCGGCAGCGAGAGGGUGAAGGACACCGGUUCAGUGGGGCAGCUGGCCCGGGAAGCCAACAGCAUCAACCGCAGCCUCCUGGCCCUGGGGCACUGCAUCGCACGGCUGGCGGAGGGCCAGAGGCGCCGUGCCCACGUCCCCUACCGCGACAGCAAGCUCACCCAGCUGCUGGCCGAUGCCCUGGGCGGUGCCGGGGUCACACUUAUGGUCGCCUGCGUCUCCCCAUCCUCACGGUGCCUGCCAGAGACGCUGAGCACGCUGCGCUACGCCAGCAGGGCCCUCCGGGUCCCCAGCCGGCCGGUGGCAACACGGGUCUCCCGGGAGAGGCGACUGCGGAGCUUGGAGCAGGAGAUCCAGGCCUUGAGGGAAGAAAACCUCACCCUGCGCCGGCAGCUGCAGAUGCCCAGGACACUGGGCAGGCCCCCUGGCACCCUCACCGCUCCCCUGAAUGGGCCCACCGGCACAGGCAGCACUCCCAGGCCAAGCGGGGUCCCACAGGGGCCACCUGGCAUGGGCUGGCACAGCCUCCUACAAGACCUCCUGGUGGGGAAUGAGGAGCUCAGGUACUUGCCAGUGCCAUCACCUAGUCUGGGACAGCGCCUUCUUGCAUGGGUGGAGACUGGCUGGCCCCACAAGCUGCAGGGUGCUUGCUACUCUGCCCACAUGGCCAAAGAGGGAGAUUGGUCAUCCAGGACCUCACCAGGGGAUGGCACUGGAGCUGGGGAGCUGCCAGGGCAGGGAGGGGACACUGGGGGAAGAUGCAAACCCCCACCCCACGGUGCCCGUGGACUGCUGGCAGGUGCUGAUAUGCCAUUGCUGCACUCCCUGGGCAGAGGGUCUGCCUUCCCCCAGCAUCCCCAUCCCUGCCGGGGUCUGGGUGGGACUGGGCUGCCCACUUACCCUGCUUGUUUCCAGGCACCUUGCACUGCUCCGUGGCCGCCACUGCUGUGUCCUGGCCCCACGCUCCCAGGAGGAUGCCCACAUCUCCUGCCCUGGCCUCAUGCCCUGUACCCUGCCCAGCCAUCCCCCAGCACUGGGCAGGGCCCUGCCAGAGCUCCCUGGUGCAGCCCCUUCCCCGCCCCGGAGCAGGCAGGGCGGCGUGGCAGACUCAGCACCCGGCUUGUCCUUGCAGCCGCUGGUGGAGCUGCCGGUGCUGGAGGGGCUCACUCCUGCAAGCGGGGCCCAGGGCCGGCAGCCCAGCCCCUGGAAGAACCGCGCUUCGCCCUGGCCCCGGCAGCACCCCACGGACCCCCAGCCACGCUGGCGGAGGAGGAGCCCAGGCAGAGGCAGGAGCACCGCCGACCAGCACCCACCGAAGCAGCCUCAGGGCACCACACUUCCAGCCCCGCCGCAGGGGCAGGUUGUGCCCUCAGCGCCCCCCUGGCCCGAGGAGCCAGGGCAGGAAGCAGAUGCUGCCCCAGGGCUGGAAGAGGCACUGGCCUUGCUGCCAGAGUGGACGCAGUACUGCAGCCUGCUGGGCCCCAGCUCUGCUGGCCAGGAUGCCAGCCAGAGGCCUUGAGCACUGGCUGGACGUGAUGACUGGCGCCCAACAGUGCACACAGACUCCUGCUCCCUCUGCAGAGCGCCUGCGUCCAGGCUGGCCUGUCAUCACACUGGACUGAGGGCCACGGGCCCUGCUGGUGCCAGGG